AUGAGUUUGACACAAAAUUCAAUUUCUCGAGUGAACGGAAAACUAAACAAAGGCGAUACUCAUUGGCAAGAUUCAAUUGUGGAAAAUCAACCUCAAGCAGUAGCUAAUGACCUAUGUGGGGGUGCUCUGCUUUGUUGGAGAAGAGCUGCCCAAAGAUCAAUCUCCAUAGUUGUUCGUCCCCAAAUCCCUCCCCAACAACCACAACAAAGGCAAAAGCCCAGCCGUCAACAUAUUAGUUUAGCAAGUGCACAUAGUGGAAGUGGAGGUGUUUCUAAUUUGCCAUUGCCUCGAUAUCAAUUAAGUAAUGCAGAUGAAGGGGAUCAUCUUUGGUCUUCAAAACAUUGUCCAACUACUCACUUGCCAAUAAUUCGUGUUUUACAACGAUAUAGCUUUAGAAAAGAUUUAUUUGGAGAUUUUCGUGCAGGACUAGCUUUAUCAUUACAUGGAACUGCUGAAGGAUUAGCAAUGGCUUUCUUAGCUGGUUUACCACCAAUUUGUGGUCUUUACACAACUUUUUAUUCUUCCCUUGUUUAUUUAUUUUUUGGGACUUCGAAUUUUAGUUUUAUGGGCACAAAUUUAGCUGUUUGUUUUUUCUUAGGCAAUAUUAUUGAGAGAAAUACUACUGUAGAAGGAAGUAAUAUUAUUUCUUAUGGACCAUUAGAGGUAGCCUCUACAACAAUUAUUUUGUGUGCAAUUGUUAAUUCAGCAAUUUAUUUACUUCGUUUGGAUUUUCUUUUUGGUUUAUUCUCUGAACAAAUAAUUGCUGGAUUUUCUUUUGGAUUAGGUACAAGAAUUGUAUUUAAUCAGUUGGGUAAUAUAAUUCAAUUAAAAUCAAAUAGAAUUUGUGAAGCAGAUCAAUUAACUAUUAAAGUAUAUUUAAUUUUUAAUUUUUUAAAUUCCUUUUUAAAGCAAGCAUCUAUUGCAAUUGCUAGUAAUUCAAUUCCAGCAACUACAACAUCUUUUCCUUGUAUUCUUUGGGCUUAUUAUCGCCGUUUAAACGUUCCAAAUAAUUCAAAGAAAACUUCAUCUCAUUUAAUUAACCAAACAUUAAUUAAUCAAAAUUUAUCUUCUUCAUUUUUAAAUUCUACUAAAAUAAUUAAAAAUAAUAUUAUUGAAUCAGAAAAUAAUUGUUUACCUUCAAUUUGGGAAUGUUUUGAUGCAAUUAAUUUAAAUACUUUAGCCGCUUCUUUACUUUGUAUAUUUUUAAUUAUUUUUACAAGACAAAUAAUUGGACCUUUAACACGUUUUCGUCUUCGUUCUGCUAUUUCUUCUGAAUUUUUACUUAUAAUUCUUGCAAGUUUACUUUCAAAUAUUUUAAAUAUUAAAACAAAAUGGCAAUUGGAUACAAUUAAUUUUUCUGAAUCAAAAUUAUUUUUAUUGUCAUUACCUUCACGUUCAUUAAUUAGUCAAUUAUUUACUGAUUCAAUUGGUCUUGCAUUUUUUGUUUUUGUAUUACAUUUAAGAAGCGCUAAUUUAUUAUCAAAAACAAAUAAAUAUAAAAUUGAUGAAAGACAAGAACUUAUUUCACUAAAUUUAAUUAAUUUAUUGUCAACAUUUGUGUCUGCAAUACCUCCCGGUCAUUCACCUCUUCGAACUUCAAUUGGUACCCGUGCUGGAGCUAAAACUAUUUUGGCUAAUAUUUCUCUAGUUUUGACUUUAAUUCCAAUAAUUAUUUGGUCUUCAAAACUUUUUCAGUCAUUACCUAUUUGUGUUCUAUCAUGUAUUUUGUUAACAGAAAUUUGUCCAAUGUUUACAGGCAUUGCUAAAUUACCUCUUUUAUGGGAAAUUUCACGUCUUGACGUUUUAAGCUUUGUAUUCUCAGCAUUAAUGGCCCUUUUUUCAUCAAAUUUAUCACAAGCACUUUUUGGUUCUGUUAUUCUUUCUGCCGGAACAAUUAUUGUUCGUGCUCAAUGGCCCCGUCUUCAACAAUUAACAAAUGUUACUGGUUCGGGUGCUUAUUAUGCUGAACGUUGUUAUUAUGGAGGUUCUGAUUUAAUGGAUGAGGCUGGGGUUUCGGUUGUUCGUUUUGAGGCUCCAAUUCUUUUUCACAAUUCUUCAUAUUUUAAAGCUUGUAUUAGAGAAUCGGCAGCUAAAAUUAAAGGUCAACUUUUGGGUAUCGGAAUCGGUACUAGAACAGGAAGUAUGAAAAGCAUGAAAAGUACAAAUGCCCAAAUAGUUAGUGGAUCUAUUCACAAUAAAGAUUCUAUUCAAAUGCGUUCAACAUUGUUAAUUAGUGGAGAUUUUGUGCCAAAUCUUGAAAAUCCUGGAGGGGCAGUAUUGGAAUCAAAUAAUAAUAAUUUAAUAACUAAAGUACUUAUAAUUGAUUUCUCUUCUGUUCCUUAUAUUGAUGGACAGGCAAUUUAA